AUGGCCAGAAAGAAAUCUACCAACAAAUCCAAAGACCCAAUGGAACAAAACCCACCUCAGGACACUCAAGAACAUCAGAAAGAUUCAACCUUUACGCAAUCUUCCAGCAGCAAAUCUUCCAUGGAAGAUCCUAGUCGGAAACUACAAAACCUUCAGUCUCUUCAAGAUAAGCUCCUCAAUGAGAUCGAGGAAAAGGAGCAACGUAUUCCAUUAUUGUAUCAAUACAUUGAAUUCAUUAUGGCUACGAUGAAUGAAAGUGAGAGCUUGGAGUUGCAACACGAGUUGCUUUGGGUCUAUAUGGCGACUCAGAUGAGGCAAAUGGUUGUUGGGACAGAAAGGGUGAUUGAGGCGUUGGAUAGUAGGGCGAACGAGCUAUUAGAUAGUCUUCAAAAUGAAAGAGAAGAGUUUAGUUUGGUCUAUAAACAGAUGGAUUUUGCAAGGAAUGAGGGCAGUUUAAGGAAAGAGAUGAUAACGGUAAUGGAGGUAAAUGAGAGGAAACUUGCUGAAGAAAUCAAGAAGUCAUUAGAGGAAAGGGAUGCAGCUACAACAGUGUUGGACAUGAACAAGAAGGAACUGAAGGAUAUCCUGAAGAAGAUUCAUGACUUUCUUGGAGAUGAAGCUACUGGUGAAAGUGAAAAUUGUGAGCUACAAGAAGAUGCGAGUGUUCUAUGGAUUGUUGUGAACAGGCUGUUAGUUAAGUUGCAGAAUUCCCUUUUGGAGACGAAGAGUAGCUCCAACGAUCUGAGGGAAAAAAUGGAAUCAACCAGCAUUCGUCAUGGACGAUUAUUGACUUUGUUGAACAACACUGCCUCACUAUUGUAUCAAUCUACAGAUGAAAAAGUUCGAAAGGAGAAGGAAGAAGCUCCUAUAGCGGACAAGAAGCCUGAAGAGGAAGUUGAACAAAUUGCAACUGACUUAAAGAUAAUCAAGCAAGCAUUUAAGAAUGAAGAGACAGUGACUCAAGGUUUGAAGCUGAAAGCUGAGGCUAUGGAGAAAACUAUUGUGGAAUCGCACAAGAAAAAUAGCUUCUUGAAAUUUGUCUCAUCAUCAACUAUUAUGGCUGCAGUAGCCUUUGCGUAUGCUACAAAAUGA